GGUUCAGACUCGGAACCAGUCGUACCCAUCUCUGAACUCUGGAACGCAAUAUCAAGCAGCCGUUUCUACAACUCAGAACUCAACGAAACGAGGGAUUUAUUCGACGAACUGCAGUGUGCUCUCACUUCUGGUGAAUCUCUUUUUUCUAUGCCGCUCGCACCCAUGACCGAAGAGGUUGGCUUCAAUGACGAGAUGGAAUCAAAUUUUGGCAUUGAACUUGAAGAUGACUGUCCAUUAACCACCAAGAGUCAUGUUAAUCUCAACAGUCCAGUAUCGCCCGACCAUCCAAUGUACCCAUGGCCGUCAAAAGCUCAUUUCAUCACUGCGCUACUAUUCAGUUCUCCAAGGCUUCUGUUUUCUGAGGCGCAGAAGAAGGCGAUUUUAUCUUGGGCAAAGGAACUCGGUGCUCGUGAUGUUCCCUCACUGUACGCCUUGAACCACUUCCAAGAGACUAUCCAAACGCUUGUCGGGAAUCCGACAGAAAAGGUCACUGCUCGUUCAGGGAACAUAUUCUAUUUCAACGACGUCGGGAAAGCAGUUGCAAAGGACUAUGCCAACCCUCUGACUCAUUUUGCGAUGCAGGAUUACCCGGAAGAUGGAGGAAGAGGAAUGUCCCAGGUGUUCAAUGGGGAGAAGAUGUUAUUUGAGCUUCCUUCGCCCCCGGCAGCUAAAGUCAAUGGGGAGAUAUACUUCAUCAAGGAGCUCUUGCAGGAUAGCUCGGGAGAUUAUUUUAUUCCCGAACAUUUUUUUUUCGCAUCAUAUGCAUCUGAGCCAACGAGUGAUACAGCAGACAAGCUGUUAUAUGCGCUAGGGCGUGCUGUACAACGAACGGAGGAAGGGUUCAUUAUCAGCGACGAACAAGAAAUCAUCCCAACAUCUAACUUUAGGAGGUCAUUCAGAGAGAUAUCUCUUGAUGUCAAUGAACUU